CAGGAUCGCGAAUCCACAAAAUUGAACCAGAUUAUACAGCAUUUUCAUUCGAAGGCUGCAUUGAUGAUUUGUUCGUCCCGCGCGAAUUUGCCCCAAGUCUAUAACAGAAACGGAGAUAUCAAGCAGAACAGAUGGUUCAACGUAAUACUCGACGACACUGAUGUGCUCCUCGACGACUUGCAACAUUGGAGAGGACCUGACUUAUCCGAGCAAAGACCGGUUCCACUUGUGAUUGAAGUAUACCUGGACACCUCGCACCUGUCGCAUAAUCAAGCACUCGUCGCCAUAGAUGACGCUGGAAAGCGCUGGGAUGUUGCCGAUGCUUUGGGAUCAUCCGCCGAGUCCAGUCCACGUCCUUCCAGAAACGGCGGACGCUUCUGCGAAGUUGUGCUCGAACGGUGGACAGUCGAGCUAGGUGAUGCAGAGGACUAUUCCAAGUCCGAGAUCAACGAUGCGCUUCCGAAUGUGUACAAGAAAGGAGUGGUUCUGUUUAGGUCGCUGUUCACACUUGCCCGCCUUCUGCCCGCCUGGAGGCUGCAUCGAAAGCUUACUAGGCAGCCCGGUAGCCACCAGGCGCUUCGCAUGAAAUUCCGCAUAAGACAGGGCCAUUCGACGUCUCGGCGAAAAGACUUACUCUACGCGCCACUUUCUCCUUCAGAACGCGAUGCGGGCUCAGUAGUGGAGCGUCAUCACAUCUCUCCUCUUCUUUGCCGCUCUGGGCCUUUGUCGAUAUUCGUGGAUUAUCGAACACAUUGCGAAUUCAGCGUCGCGGACGCAGAGGCACUGCUGAGCUCUCGAUUUCUAGGACUGGACGCAGGAGUUCCUACAGUUCCGGUGGGGAGAUCGCUCCCUGGAGCACACAGCGAGCAAUCCCGCGUGCGAUACAGCAGCCUGGCGGGACAUACUAGUCAGCAGACCGCCCGUGUCGGAGCUUACGGCAGUCUCGGUACCUUCCACG